CUUCCCAUCUCUCUCGCUCUCUCUAAUCUUGCCAACCCUUCACGAAAGUUACGUGGCUCUUUUCUUUCUUCUAUAAACACAAUUCUUAAUAUUUUCCUCCCAAACUAAUCCUUUCAAACCUUAAGCCUUGCAUGGAUGUGCCAGCUCAAGAUGACGGCACAUCCGAGAGCCGUCGCAAGGGGCCGGGGAAGAGGAGCCACGCGGAGGCGGUCCCGGCCCCCAACGCGCCGUGUGGCGCGUGCAAAUUCCUGAGAAGGAAGUGCAUAAGCGGAUGCAUAUUUGCUCCCCACUUCGGGUCGGACAAGGGCGCGGCCCGAUUCGCGGCCGUGCAUAAGGUGUUCGGGGCCAGCAACGUGUCCAAGCUGCUGCUCCACAUCCCGCCCAACCGAAGGCACGAUGCCGUCGUCACCAUUUCCUACGAGGCUCAGGCCAGGCUCUCCGACCCCGUCUACGGCUGCGUCUCCACCAUCAUAGCUCUACAGCAGCAGGUGGCAUCACUUCAAGCAGAGCUAUCAGUGGUGCAAACUCAAGUAAUGAACAGCAGAUAUGUGAUGGCAAAUGCAUUUCACAAUUCAACACAGCAGCAGAAGAAUAUUUGUUAUUCCAACACUUCUUCGGCUUCGAACAACCUAAUUAGCCUGCACAGUUUCAGCCCCAACUUUGGCGAAAUCCACGGAGAGGAGGAAGAGAGCAAUGAUCCUGCACUUGCAUUCGCUAAUAACAUUUUUCAAUGAUUUUGUAACUAAUAAAUUAAAUGUUCUUUCCAUGACCGCCAAUUAUCUUUGUGCCCUCCAAAAAUAAUUACAAUGCGUGUAACCUCACUUUUAUUAUUUAUAUAUUUUUCUGGUUGUACUGAUAUGGCACUACCAAAUUAGAUGUCAACACACUGCAAUAAUUUCCACAUGAUGGGUAGCAUUUUUUUUAAGUUAGAUUUUAU